CUCCGCCGCCGCAAGACCCUCCGCAUGUUCCUGGCCCGCCGCCGAUUCCACCCUCCGCCCAAGGAGCCGCCGCCGAUCCCCCACUCGGAGUCCCGCGUCCGCCACAAGCUCAAGGACCUCUUCGUCUCAUCUCCGCCGCCGCGAGAGGGCCCACACGAAGUCCUCCCUAACUCCUCCGUCGCCGUCCGCUUCCGGCGCCCCGCCGCUUCCCUCCGGCCGGUAUCGUCGGUGUUCCGGUACCGGUUACUGAGAAGAGCGUGGCGACCGGUCCUCGUAACCAUCCCCGAGUAGUAGUAACACUACUUUCCUUCUCUACUGUUUUAACUCUACGGAUAACUGCAAUUCCCAUUUUUAUUUUCAUUUUUUAUUUAUUUUUUUCAUUCUUCCACUAAUAAUAUUAAUAUUAACGAAAUUAAAGUUUAAUUUUCAUGGAACUCAAUACAGUAUCAUAUAUUCUUCGGAAUCUUCUUCGAUUAGAAUUUAAAUUAUGUUUUGAUUAUAUACAUUUAUAUUUAAUAAGGCUUUACUUAUAUGUAUUUUAUACAGUGUCAUAUUUUAUAUAAUUUAGUAUAAUAUGGAAA